AUGGCGUUCAAAGGAACAUGGCAUCGUGGCGACGGUGGUGGUGGUGGUGCUUCUGGCGAUCGUCGUUAUACAUCAUCAACAGAUUCAUUUUCAUCAUUUGUUAUACCUCCACAAGGUGUACCUGGAAAUCAAAUGGGUUUAGCACCAAUGAAUUAUCAAACAAAUCCUAAUGCUAUGUAUUCGGUAAUGAAUCCAGGUUCAUCAAUGAUGCCAUCGGCUAAUUAUUCAUCAGCAACAAAAAGUUUACCAUAUACCGGUACUGUAUCAAAUAUGUAUCGAGAUUUUGGUGUUAUUGAUAAUGAAAUUUCAUUCAAAUUAAAUACGGUAUCUGGUCCAUUACCACGUGUUGGUGAUCGCGUUGUUUGUCAAAUGAAACCAGCUGAAGGUUUUGGUACUCAAACGCCUUAUAAAUAUUAUGGAUUUGAGGUUCGAUCAGUUCAAACACCGACUGAUACGCGACGACCUUCACGACCAACAGGAGGACCACAACAAAUGUCACGUAAUACUGAUUCAUAUAUGAAUCGUAACCAAAAUCGAAAUCAACCAUCAAAUGUUAAACGACCAUUACCAAAUAAUAAUAAUAAUAACAUUGAUCAUCAUCAUCAGUAUAAUAAUAAUAAUCAAAAUCGUGAUCGACAUGGACCAAUGAAUAAUAGUUCAAUUAAUGAACGACGUCGUUCAAGUCCAGUAAGACGUAGUCGUUCACGUACAAAUAAAGUGAUGACACCUAAACGUAGUUCUCGGGCACCACCACCAAAAUAUACUUGUACAUUACCAAAAGCAUCACUUGAUUGUUCGGAAUUAAAUCUUACUCAAAUACGUUCACGUUAUACACGUUUACAUAUUCCAUCGGAUUUUUAUCAUGCAUCAUAUUCAUGGCAUCAAGCAAUACCACUUGAUCAUCCAUUAAAAUUUAUAACACCGUGUUCAUUUCAUGUAUUUAAUAAAAAUGUCCCACGUUUAUUUAAUGAUAAUGUAUCAAUUAUUGAUCCACCUGAUGUAAAUUAUACAUGGAAUGUUCGAGUAAUGUUAAUGUCAUCACCCGAUAUUCAAACAUUAAUAUCUCGUUCAUGUUUAAUUAAUAAUGAAAAUGGAAAAACAUUAACAAUUAAUCCAGAUGAUUUAGAACAUCCAACAAAAUUAAUUAAAUUUCUUGUUGGUGUUCGUUAUCAAAAUGAAUAUUUUCCAUUAGGUGGUCCAUGGUCUCCAUCACUUGAUGGUUCAAAUCCUGAAAAUGAUCCUCAAGUAUUAAUACGUACAGCUAUUCGUUGUGUUCAAGCACAAACUGGCAUUGAUUUAAGCAAAUGUAUUCAAUGGUAUGAUCAUGAUAUUGAAACACGUAGUGCAUCUCAUCAUUCAUCUAUUGAGAUUGAAAAUCUUCGUGUUAUUGAUCUUAAAGCAGAAUUAAAAGCACGUGGACAACAUGUUACUGGUUUAAAAAGCGACUUAAAAAAACGUUUAGCAAAAAAUAUUCAACAAGAAAGAAUUGAUGAAGAAAAACCGGAAUCAUCUGCUGAUAAUAAUGAUGAACAACAAUCUUCAACAACUCCAACUGAAACUGGAUCAAAUACAACUAAAAUUGAAACAAAAGAACAUACACAAGCUGAUAUUGAUAAACUACGUAAAGAAAUUGAAGCCAAAUAUCAACUUCCAUCACAUCGCACAAUACUUGUUCAUCCAACAAUAGCUAAAGGAGAUAAAUUUGAUUGUCGUAUUGUAUCUCUUCAUUAUUUGCUUAAUUAUGCAAAUAAAGACACAAUCAAAGAAAAAUGCUUCGAAUUAUAUCUUUUCUCUGAAGCUUUUAAUGAAAUGCUUAUGCGUGAUUAUUCUUAUCAUAUUUAUCGAUCAUUAUAUAGUUGUUUAGAAGUAAAAGAUACAAAUAUUGAAACUGAAACAACAACUACUGAACAUAAGGAUGAUCAACAAGAACAAAAUGAAACAAAAAUUGAUAAUAAAGAAGAACAAAUUGAAUCAAUGAUAACAAGUAAUGAUGAUGUUAUUCUUCCUGGUCUUGAUUUAAAUACAGAAGAAAAUGAGAAAAAACGUAAACGAUCCACAAGUGAAGAAGAUUCAUCAUCUCAACGAAAAAAAUCAACACAAGAAGAAACAAUGGAAAAAAGUCCAAAUGAUGAACAGAAAUCAACAUUAACUAUUGCACAAACUCGUCAACGUACAAUUCAUCCUGAAUUAUUACUUGCAUUUACAUUUUUUGAUCGUAAUCGUUGUAGUUAUUUAACUGAAAAAGAUCUUGAAGAAAUUCUUUUACUAUCAGGUUUAUCAUUAACAAAAAAUGAAGCUAAAAUGUUAGUUAGUCGUAUAGCUCAUAAUGAAAAAGUUCCAUAUCACCAAUUAACUGACAAAGCUUUGCCAAUUGAUGAUUAUGAUAACGCAAAUCAUAUUGAAACAAAUGAAACUGAUAUUGAUCCACUUUCACCAAAAGGUAACUUACUUCUUUUACCACAACAUAUGUCUAUAUUUGGUUUGCGUUCAUCAAUAACAAAUAAUGGAAAUCAAUUAAUAACAUCAGUUGAUAAUCAACGAGCAAUGAAACAAUUAGAAAUGUCGAAUAAAAUUCAAACAGGACUUGAAUUAAAAAUUGAUACAUUAAAAAAAGAAAUUCAUAAAUUAACUGAUGAAUUACAUGCAACACAAAAAAGUAGUCGUUCUUAUAGUGAUCAAUUAACCGAUACAAAAAAACGUCUACGAGACACUCAACAUGAUCUUAAAGAACUUGAAGAUAAAUAUAAACGUUAUUCCGAUGCACUUUAUCGUGUUCGAAGUGAAUCUCGUUCAACAUUUGAUCAUUUAACACAUGUACUUGGCAUUAAAGAAAAACAACCAUCACAAACACGAAAAUCCGAAGAUGAUACUAAGAAAAAUACUGGAAUGAAAACAGAAGCAAAAUCAUCGAAUGAAUUAGAUAAAACUAAACAAACAGAAAAACCUAUUGACCAAGAAUCAAUAACUAAAGUUGAAGGUAAAAAUUCUUAUAUGGGUAGAAUUAGUGAAAACAGGACAUGA